AUGAACUUUUUCUCCACAUUGACUCUUUCAAAGCUUCCUCUAAUGACUAAGGCCGACUUAGCUAUCUCUUCCAUCCCAUGGAUAAUUGUUACCAGCGACGAUUUCUGCAAUGAUGGUAUGCCUUCAGACCUAUUGUUUCCGUCGGGAACCUACAUUGAUGUUGAGUUGGAUGUUAGGGUAGAGACCACCACACCAAACGAAGGUGAUAUAUCUAUUGAAGGAAAGGUGUCCGAUGUAAUUCUGAGUAAGUUGCAGAUUCAGAGGAAGAUUAUGCCUAUAUGUCGGGUGAAACUAGAUAGGCCAAAGUGGUUGCUAGAGAAUUGGAGGUUUGAAACAAAAGUUUCUAUCACUGGAGCCACUGCAGGAAUUUUUGAUAGAUACUAUAUUGAAACGGUGUCCAGUGAUAAAUUUAGGUCAAAGAACGAGUACAGUAUGACUAAAACUAGAGGCGAUAUCGUUAAACUGUCUGUUCCUAAGGCUUCUAAAAAUAAGAAACGUAAUGCUGAAGAAGUUUCUAGAUCUUCAAAAAAGAAAAAAAUUGUAGUUGAAGAACCUAAGUCUAACUCGGAUUCUGAUACAAUGACUGAGAUUGACAACUAUGAGGACAGUAGUGCCCAUGCUAGUGAUGAUGUUUAA